AUGACCCCCAAGCAGUUGAGACGUCGAACGCAUGUGAUGCAAGACAAUACGUACCUCCAUGGAAACGUCGGAAAACUGCUCCAGUUCCCGGACCGAAGAUGGGUACCAGUAUUCGGCGUAUGCCUUCGUAUUCUCGUCGAGGGGAAGAUCCGGGACGUUCAUGCCAGAACCCACGAAGGCGAGGCGGCAUCCAACGGGGAUGAACUGUGGGCUGUCGAGGUAGAUGUUGCGAUCGAGAUACUUGUUGGCGGCAUGAACGGGCCCCAAGUUCCGGACGAUUUCCUCCGGCAAACCGUAGGCCUUGACGCAGAGGUGGGCAAUGGCUUCCAGCGAAAAGACGUAGCCCGAAACGUACGCCUGUGUGGCUACAGGCGCCAUGAGGCGAAUUCUAGACGCAGCAGGAGCGAGAGUGGUGGUGGUGGUCAUUUGGGAGAAGGGGAUUGUCAAGCCGUGAAGACGCCAAUGUUCGACUUUGGGUCAUCACCCCGGUCCGGCCCGCCAUACCAUAAUCCCGGCCCAUUGUUCUCUGAACAAAAUAAAACUAACGAUGCUCCGUCCCACAUGGAUCUGCGUCCGCCUGAAUCGCCCUCAUCUCUCCCUCAUCGUCUCCUGUCCGGUCCCACAGCCGCCUCGCUCUCUGUGACCGUUCGGCGGAUUUAUGUCUUCGAUCUCGACCACUAUAUCAUAUAUCUGAUUCUACUACCCUCCUCCUCGGAUAGACCACAGCCCUCAACCACCGUCCUUAUAAUGGACAAAGGCAAGCGUAAGGCAGUAGACGACUUGGAUACCGGGGAAAGAAGGCUGCGUUUAUUCAACACCAGCGAGUUGUCUGGGGAGAGUUCCUCCGAUGCCGAUCAAACAGCCUCUCGUCUCGGCGUCACCAACGUCCCCGUAUCAGAGACGGGGGUGCAGCCGCGGGAGUUUGACGAUGUGGUUGCAGAUGCGCCCGAACCCCCCGCGAUAGGCGAGGAACACGAGGCUACAAAGCUUUCCAACUUCACUCGUGACUUACUCGACAAUUUCGAAGCCAUGUUAAAGCAAUGGGAGAGCCGCAUGGGACCUGUGAGGACCACCAGGAGCGGCACGAGAGACCCGACUAGAGACUUCGCAGAUGAAGUUCAUGCGCACAUUCGCAAGUUCAAGAAUAUCCCAGCGUCCGCUACGAGUGGGCGAGAUGCGAAGGACGAGCUACGAGCACUUAUUCGCCAGACUUUCCCGGAGUUCGUGAAUUUCAUGAAGUCCCACUGCGACUGGAAUGUCAAGAGGAUCGAGAACAUCACUGAAGGUGACAACGUUACAGAGUCUCAAGUGGACGCACUCGUAAAUCCAUACCUGACGACGUCUUACGACAUGCGCUGGUUUGGCGUCGAGCCUCAGGCGAGAUUCUUCAAGGAAAUGAACCUCGCGCCAGUGAACUUCACCCGUGGCUCCGAGAAAGCGAAGGGGGUGGAGGACUGGAGAGACGGUUUUGCAGAUGUAGUACUUCAACCAUUCACCAAACCGACGAUCACCUCGCAGAUGUCUCCAUCCGUUCCGAUAUACUCCACUCCAGCUCGAGCGAGUGGAUCUGGAUUCGCAGCUUUCUUUGCCCCGCAGAUGCCAUCUCACAGUACCGAGAAAGCAGACACACGGGGAACCAAUGGCACGCAGCCAGACUAUACACCUGCCAUGGCCUCGACCUCGACGACAACCGACACCAAGAUCAACACGGACCUUUACUCAACGCCCGAGUCCUCUCCGCAUGCAUCUGGCUCCACUAACGCCGACAGGAGCGGCGCCUUUUCCUUCAGCUCCGGUGUCCCUACGCCGAACAUCACCCUGGGAGACGUAUCGCUCGCCGGAGUCGGCUCUGACCCGGGACACUCCCUCGACGAGCGUGGUCGUCCCAUCACCAACAACACGAAGCGCCGUGUGAGCGGACUCCCCGACUUCGCCGUCGUCACGCACCUGCCCGACGGGUUCAUGCUCCAUCUUGUCCUAAUCGUCGAAGACAAGGUGGUCCGCAACCCGGCGGAGCAGAUGAAGCGCUACCCAAAGCUGAUCGGACGCCGGUUCGGUCCGGUGAACGUCGUCGGUAUCCGGAUCACGCCCAAUGGCAAAGGGCUCCAAAUGAAGUGGGCGCGACUCGAGUGGGGGCGGAACUUGAGCGAGGACGACGACGAUGAGCCCCAGGUGGUGUAUGCUGAGGGCGACGACGCCUCGAGCCCAAACAAGGGCUGGUACCCGGCGAUGUGCGACUUCUCCUUGAGCAACCUCUACAAGUCGCGUAAGGAGUUCCUCGAAAAGCUUUUGAAGCUGAUAGAAGACCACGAACGGAUGCCCUUGUAG